AUGGGGGUUGAUAACUACAAUUUCAGGUGCUACUCUUCUUAUUCACAGAAACUUCUGACCCCAUUAGCAAGCGCUUAUCUACCGAUACAUUUACUUCUUUAUCAAAUUCUAUGCAUUACUGGUGUAUUUGCGAAUCUCUCUAUUGUUGUGGUGUUACUGAGACCGACGAUGCGCAAGAACCAUUUUAACACGUUUUUGAUUGCGAUUGCAUUGUGCGACAUGACUCUGAUGGCUUCGUAUUUUAUUUUUAAACAGGUCGAAUUGUGUCAUCCAUGGUACUUCACGUACUUCUGGAUAGUAUUUACUUAUUUUUACGCUAUUUCAUCCGUUUUUAUCCAUUCAUCCUCUCUUUGGCUUACCGUAAAUAUGGCAGUUUUACGGUAUUUAGUGCUAAAACGAAGUGCAACAUCGACAUCAAAAUUACCAAAUGUUAAUACUUUCAAAGCCGCCUUCAUUGCUGUCAUUGCUGCGAUUAUCAUUUCACUUUUUGGCUCUUUACCUAAUAUGCUUAGAUAUCAGAUUCGAGAUAGCGGUUAUUUGGAUGUACCAACAUACUGUACAACAAAUCAUUCCGCUUAUGCUCAUUAUUAUGCUGACAAUCCAAAAGUUCAUGCGUAUAACAUUGCACGGCCAUCCUGGUGGAGUUGUCGUUGGGAAAGAUUUAAUUUCUGGGCAGCUGGCCUAGUGCUGAAGCUUAUACCAUGUGUGAUGUUGACUGUAUUUAUGACAUUAUUGGUACGGAUGUUAAUUGAAGCACGUGAACGACGUACACGUUUAUGUCGUGGACAGACAGGUGGUAAAUCUCAAGCUGAACGUACAACCACAAUGCUUACGGCUAUUGUGGCUGUUUUCCUCGUUACAGAACUACCACAGGGCAUUCUCGUUUUUGCCAUCGGCUUAAAACCUGGCGUUCGAUACGCAAUGCAGUAUCUUGGUGAUUUUAUCGAUGUUUUAUCAUUAAUUAACAGCAGCUUUAAUUUUAUUCUGUGUGCCUUAAUGAGUCACGUAUUCAGGCGUGAAUUUCUGUUAACUUUUGGUUUUUGUUGUCCAAAAUCUAGUGAAAAUAUCAGCGGAAGUGGAUCUCGAGCUGGUCCUCGAAGUACAACAAAAACACAACAAAUCACGCAAUCACAAAAAAAUGGAUUCAAGGCUAAAUAUUCCGAUGAUUAA